CGGCGGCGGCGGCGGCGGCGGGUCGUGGGUUGUGGGUCGCGGGUCUCCUGUCGCCGGUUGGGGGUUGCGGCGGAACCUGGGCGCUGAGUGAAGAAAAUGAGGCACAAGGAAUUGUUAACCAAGACCUUCCGAGGCCCAGCUGUCGUCUGUAGGACUCCGAGCAGCCACGUAUACACGUUUAAGAAUGGCAGUGGGGACUCGGGGGACUCCUCUGAAGAAGAGUCUCACCGUGUGGUUUUGCGGCCCCGGGGCAAGGAGCGCCAGAAGAGCGGUGUCCACCAGCCUCACCAGGCGGGAGCAGGUGACGUGGUGCUGCUGCAGCGGGAGCUGGCCCAGGAGGACAGCCUCAACAAGCUGGCUCUGCAGUACGGCUGCAAAGUUGCAGAUAUCAAGAAAGUCAACAACUUCAUUAGAGAACAAGACUUAUAUGCUUUGAAAUCUAUUAAGAUUCCAGUGAAAAACCAUGGGAUCCUAACAGAGGCCCACAAAGAACUAAAACCCCUUCUGAGCCCAUCUUCGGAGACCACAGUGACUGUGGAACUGCCAGAUGCAGACAGAGCAGCCGCAGGUACCGAUGCCCAGGCCAACCAACUGAUGGAUUUCUUUAAGGGGAUUGACCAGAAUAUUGAGCGUGCAGUGCAGUCAGAAAUCUUUUUACAUGAAAGUUACUGCAUAGACACCUCGCAUCAGCCACUGCUCCCGGCUCCUCCGAAGAUGCCAAUGAAUGGUGCAGAUUGUGGCAUUCAGUGGUGGAAUGCUGUUUUCAUCAUGCUUCUAAUUGGUAUUGUCUUGCCCAUCUUUUAUUUGGUUUAUUUUAAAAUACAAGCUAGUGAUGAGACCCCUAAUAGCUUGAACACAACUGUCAUCCCCAAUGGCUCGAUGGCAAUGGGUACAGUUCCAGGGCAAGCCCCUAGACUAGCAGUUGCAGUGCCAACCAUCACUUCUGCAGACAGCCAGUUCAGUCAGACCACCCAGGCAGGGAGCUAAGCUUUGUUUUUACAGAAUCAGGCCAGCUUUAGCAGUUGGCUGUUGAUGUACCUCAGCUGUCAUUGGCAAUGUCCUAGGGUUGCUGCAUUUUGCUUCCUGGGAAGGAUGGACACUUUUCAGAAGUCAUUGCAGUAUUCUCAAUUGCACUGGCCCUGGGAAUGGCCUUGCCCAGUCUAAGCCGGCAGGAUCUAAGAUAGCAGCGACCUCAGCCUCUAUCCAGAGAGGUGCAGCAAGAGAGCCAUUUCCAUGUGACAUUUAGUGGACUGGCCAUGUGUUCAUAGCAGCACUGUGUGGGACCCCAAGUUGGACAUGCUCGGAGGGAGAGAAAUGGCCUCUGUCAAGGGACCUGCAGUGUGAGAGCCAGUGGGAUCUGCACGGAUCGCGGGGCUGUCGCUGUAUCCUCACUUGCUGUGGAGUGGGGAUUGGCUCUGAGAAGAAGUGUUCUCUGUCUCCCUGGCAAAGGUGCUGUGAAAUAGUCUUGGCAUGCCACCCUGUUUUAGAGAGUGACAAUUACAGUCGGGACACGCCUACUUCAUAUUGGCCCCUCAGCCUUUUUGAAGCAAUGCCAUUUCUAGAGUUGAAAAAGCCCCGGACUCAAACUGCUGCACUGUUGAAUAAAGGGCAGUCCUGCUCCUGUCCUUUUAGAGCUGCUUAGUGUGACACAUAGGCAUCUCCCAGGCCAAGCACACACAGGCUGUGCCCAGUUCCGCAGGAGCUGUCCCACAGUGUGGCUCCCUGGAUUCUCCAUUUGGCCUUCUCAGAAGGAGCUCUUGCUGGCCAGUGUUUGGAGGGGAGGAUGAGUGCCUGUCACUGAGGCCCCACCAUGGGUGGCGUCUGAAGCUGGGCAGUCGCCAGGCCUGCGCUGAGAGCCGCAGUCCCUUGCACACCUAACAUGGCAUGCCACCUGCUGCUUCCCUGGCUGGGUUCUUCGGAGCUCCAGAGCGAAAAGGCCGCUUAGUCCUUUUUCCGUGGGUGAUGCCCCUAGAAUAACACAAUAUACAAUGUAACUCACAAUAUUACAGGACCAAAGGCUUGAUGGAGGGGCUAGAGGCGACCCUUGUGAAAGGCGAUCGGAACACCUGAGGGAGGAAGGGCUUGCAGUUUUCCCAGCCCUUCUUGCUGCCAAGGCAGCAGUGGUGCUGUGGAUGGGCUGGGGACUGCUGGGCAGAGCCUGCUGCUGCUUGGGAGUUGGUGCUACCCUGUGGCAUGGAGGGGUAGAAGGGACUGAGGUGGCUGUUGGCCCAGCCUCCAAGAGUGCUGGACAGGAGGCAGACACUGCCCAGAUGCCGGGUGGUGGGACAGUGAUGGCCUUUGACGCAUGAGGCCUGGAGAGAAUUUUCAAAGGUCUCACCAUGUAAGAGUGAUUUCCGAUUUCUCUCCUUUCAGUCGUGUGAAAAAAAAUUGACCUGGGUUCCAUUAGCAAAUCUAAAUCAUCUUCAGUCUUAAAUUAGAGACCAGAAUGAUCUUCAGGAUAAAAAGAACUUCUGAAUCUUUGCAAUAGGAAAUAUUUUGGUCAUGCAAGUGCUUUUCCAGCCAAAUGUCUGUUCUCCAUGUCACUGAGGGCCACAGAUUCCUCUAACAUCUGUCACUGUCACUUCACCAGGCAGGCCUUGGAGUUCCAUGGCAAAAUCGCUUUUGUCAGACAAAGAAUGUAUCCUUUACUUUUCUCAGAUGGAAUAAAAAUCAUUUCUUCUGUGAAGGAAAA